AUGGCCUCUCGCGAUUCCCCCGGUUCGCCCCUUUCAUCCGUCGGCACUGCAGAGGACUCGGACCAUGAAACAGUCAAGCAUGAAAGUCGCGCACAAUCACCAUCAGCCCCAUCCAACAUGCCUCCCUCAAAACGACGACGCACUGGUGUCGCAUCUUGGGAUCGAAAUACCCCUCUGUCAUCUGUUCAAGAUGAUGCUCCUCCAGCCUCACCAACAGCCUCCAUCUCCUCCGAUAGCUCCGGCGAUGCUCCAGCUUCCGACUUCCCAGCCUACUUAGGCACCGCUAACCAGGACGAUGAUUACAGCGGUCGAACUUCUGACCAAGUCACCAUGUGCCUGUGGGAUGGGUGCACGGCCGGUGAUCUCGGGAACAUGGAUGGGUUGGUGCAGCACCUCCACAAUGAGCAUAUCGGGAGCCGACAGAAACGGUACUCGUGUGAAUGGAUCGACUGUUCCCGCAAAGGUCAAACGCAUGCCAGUGCAUAUGCUCUUCGUGCUCAUAUGAGAAGUCACACCCGCGAGAAGCCGUUCUACUGUACCCUACCAGAAUGUGACCGUAAUUUCACUCGGUCUGAUGCCCUCACAAAACACAUGCGCUCUGUCCACGAAGUCGACUCCAUGCGUCAAGCAGACGCAAAAUUGAAUGCUAGCGGCACGACUAGUGUAACGGGCACACCGGCUUCAAAACUUCAACGCAUUCGAUUGAAACUCACGCAUCCGCAAAAGGAUGGCGCUGAUGGUGACCACCCGGACCAUAUCAUUUCUAUGAACGCUGCACCUCUAAUAGACGCCGACACGGAAGACAUGAUGAUGCCCGAGUAUGGACCCGAGCUUGGGUUCGAUAGCCAUGAGCUCGCCACACCUCCACAUGACCUAUACAGGCUACUACGGCGACAAAUCUUUUGGGCGGAAAAGGAAGGGACGCAGCUGCGUGGGGAGUGGGAUGAGGUUCGACCGCAGCGCGAACGCGCGUGGCGAGAGAAGGAGGCUAUCUUUGAGGAUCUUAUCGAUGCAGAGUUGAGGCUCUUCAGUGCUAUUCUUGGGGAUUCAGAUGUGACUGUUCCGCCUGCGACCAGUUUGGGGUCAUCGGAUCCGUUAACCGGUCUACAGAAGCUUCAGCAGCAACAACAACAAUUUGCCCGCCAGCAAGAACAAUUGAGAGCGAAGUCUGCAGAGGCAGAAGAUAGUACAGCCGUGGUAUAG